AUGUCAUGCGGGAGGAGCCCCACCGACCGGGCGCCAAGGGAAGAUGAUAUCCACGCUCAUGUGCUAGAAGAGGACUUAAUUUCACAAUGGAAUGGUCGUGAGGAGAAUGAGAUUACGGCAACCGAGAAGGUAGCUUGUGAUCGUUGCCGUAAGCGAAAGACCAAAUGUGAUCGCGUCAACCCGUGUUCGCAAUGCACCAAGACGGAAUCGCAAUGCACCUACCUGCUAGGCCAGAAAGCCAAAAUAAAGCGGCAACGGGUCCUCAUCUCGAGUGUAUACGAGAGUAGAAUGGAGCACAUUUCGAACAAAAUUGACGACCUCAGCGAGUUGAUGAGGCAGCUCAGUUAUGAGCGGUCCAGUAACAGUGGCAUUGCAACUUCAGCUGGAUUGCAACCGCCAUCACAUUCCUCGCUUCAGUCUAAUGAGUCGCGAGUCGCUAGCAGCGAUAGCAAAACAGGCGCCAGAGGACGCCACCAGUGUUUAGAUGAAGCUGGAGGCAUCGAAUCCACGUUGUUUGCCCAUGUCAUCUUCGCAACCAAGUUUCUUCAAAAUGCCGUGGCGAAUGACCCGUACUCCAACGUUGCUGCCGAAAUGACCUCGGUGCUGGAUGGCCUGCGGAGCACGGUCAACGUUCAGAAGCAGCAUAAUGAGACACUGGAAGGUUCACCUCCAUUCUCGAAGACGCUUCCUCCAGGUCUUAGUUCCAGGGAUCUGCCUAUACCUUCCAUGGACCGAAUCCUGGCAUGCUUAAGAAUCGCACACGAGCGGUCGCCCAAUCAGGUCUAUUGGCCGUUCGAGUUUGGAUCUCUGGGCGAUUUCACCCAAUACGUCAUCAAGGCCUGCUCACCCGGACCAGUAACGGAUACGGAGCUGAUAAUUGUCCACUAUGGUCUUGAUUGGCUCUUCACUGAGUGCUCGAGUGCCCCUGGAGAUGAUAUUGUCAAGCAGGAGUACGAGGCGCAAGCACUCAUCUGCAGCGACAGCCUCGAAACGAUCCUAUCCAACCUCUCCUUCCACGUCACUACGAAUAUAGUCUCUGUUUGUGCUAUGUAUAUGGCUACUAUUUACUGCCUCAAACAUGGCAAACCCUUUGCGGCGUGGACGUUUAUUUCUAAGGCUUCACUCAUGGCUCAGGCCCUUGGGUUUCAUAGCAAGGUUGUUAUGACAGCCGAACCAGCAGAAGAAGCACAGCGGAAAAUACGAUUGUUCUGGGCGCUCUAUGCCCUGGAGAAAGCAGUGUCGUUACGUCUCGGUAGGUCCUCCACUAUUCGAGACCAUGACAUCACGGUUCCACGGCUGCUCCUCGACCGCAAGAUGACUUCCCUACUACAUAACAGGUUGCCCGACUGGACCGAUGUGGCCAGCCUCUACGGACGAGUAUAUGACAAUAUAUAUAGCCCGAAUGCGCUAGCGCAGCCAGCCUCCAUUCGGGAGUCUCGUACCAGAGCUGUGGCUGCUGAGCUCGAGAGAAUAAUGGCUGCGAGAGUGGAGUUCUAUAAACGGCCAAAUCAGUGGACUAGCCAUGUGGCACAUCCUGGGCCGAGUAGAUUUAUCAUACAUGCUAACAGAGCUAUUGAGUACUCUAUCUCGGCCUCCAUCUAUAGAGGGAUUCCGUCGGGGGAAUCUUCAAGCUUGGCGCCUUGUCCAGAAUGUCUCUCAGCUGCGAGAGCCAGCCUUAAAGAGACAGAAGUGUGCAUCAGCAUGCUCGCAGACGCGGCGUUGUGGUCUCCCAGCCUCGACCUAUGGGUCAACGAAGUCAUUUUGUUAGCGCCGUUCAUGCCAUUUUUAAUCCUGUUCUGCAACAUCAUUGAGACAUCCAACUCGUCUGACUUGGAUCACCUACAACAAUUGGUUGACAGCCUGCAGUCGAUGUCACUAUCUCCUCGUUAUUCCGCCUGCAGUAAGCAACUACGAAUUUUGAAGGCCCUGUAUGACGUUGCCGCGAAGUACGUCGAGGCCAAAGCAAAAGUACAGUCAGGGGACAUGAUUAACGGUCACCUUCCCGACCUGGACAUGGAAACGUACCUGAAUGGCCACACUGGUUGGUUUGGUGCUGAUUCGCACUCCCCUUUGUUAUUCGAGGCACCGGAUACUUGGUCACUAGACCAGGCCCAAAAGCCUGCGGCAGCUUCUUCUGACCAAGGUCAGCAAGGCAUGAACCAAACAUCAAGCUUUCAGCCAAGAGUGACCCUUUCGGCGACGCAACCCCAGAUACAUGAUGACUUCAUCAUGGAGCUGGAUACUCCAGGGAUCCAGCUGGGAAGUUGGUUCCACCAAACUCAUCAGAUGAUGAGGCUUCUGGAUGAUUCUUGA